AUGUGUCUAUCAAUAUCUAUCUAUCUAUCUCAGUCCGUUUGUCUACCUGUCUGUCUAUCUAUCUAUCUAUCUCAGUAUAUCUCAGUCUAUCUAUCUAUCUAUCUAUCUAUCUAUCUAUCUAUCUAUCUAUAUAUAUAUAUAUAUAUAUAUAUAUAUUUUUCUUUCUUUUUCUUUCUUUCUUUUUCUUUCUUUCUUUCUUAUGAUGAUUUCCAUUAUUUUCGUUCUUUUUUCUUUGUAUUUUUAUUUAUUUAUUUUUUAAUAAUUUUGUUUUUUUUCGUUCUUUUUUCUUUAUAUAGUCUUUCUCUUCUAUCAUUUUACUUUCAUUAUACAAUUUUUUUUUUAAUAUUUUCUUUUCCUUUUCUUUUUUCCGGCAUUCUUUCCGUUAUCCUUAAGUUCUCUUUUACUUUUUCUUUAUAUUUUACAUGUGUACUUUUUUGUUUAAUAAUCUUUCUUUCUUUCUUUCUUUCUUUCUUUCUUUCUUUCUUUUCUUUCUUUCUUUCUUUCUUUCUUUUAUUUCUUUCUUUCAUUCUUUCUUUCUUUCUUUCUUUUCUUUCUUUCUUUUCUUUUCUUUCUUUUCUUUCUUUCUUUCUUUCUUUUCUUUCUUUCUUUUAUUUCUUUCUUUUCUUUCUUUUCUUUCUUUCUUUCUUUUCUUUUAUUCUUUCUUUUCAUUCUUUCUUUUAUUUCUUUCAUUCUUUCUUUCUUUCUUUUAAUUCUUUAUUUCUUUCAUUCUUUCUUUCUUUCUUUUCUUUCUUUCUUUUCUUUUCUUUCUUUUCUUUCUUUUCUUUCUUUCUUUCUUUUAUUUCUUUCUUUCUUUUCUUUUCUUUCUUUUCUUUCUUUCUUUCUUUUCUUUCAUUCUUUCUUUUCAUUCUUUCUUUUAUUUCUUUCUUUCUUUCAUUCUUUCUUUCUUUUCCUUCAGUCUUCCGCUAA